AGUUUACGAUUUUUGAAACAUUUGAAACUCGUAAUUCGAUCAAUCGAUGUCCGCACGUUGAGCGUAUUCAAAUGUUUUUCUUGAAGUUCGAAUAAUAUUUCGCUGUUCGAACGCCGAUUAUUAUUCGAAAGUGAAUAGAACCCUCAGGAAUAAAGAAUAUUUCAGAUUCUUGAUUAAAAACUUUAGAUAGAGCAAUUGAAAAAGUCCUUGAGUAAUAAUGGCUGGAGUACAUAGAUUAACAUUAAGCUCCUUGCAACCAGAAAUAAAAAAUUCCUUAAUCAUUGGUAUAAUAAUCAGUAAGCAGGAAGUAAAGAUAUUCCAAGCGAAAAAUACGAGCUUCAGUACGGGGGAAAGAGGCGUGUGGAACUUCACACUGAGAGAUUCCGUCAUAGAUUUUGCCAAUGUGACAGUAUGGGGAAGCAAAGAGUACAUCGAAGGAUUGUACGCAAAUUUUCGUAUAGGACAAGUUGUUGAAUUGGUUAAUCCAAAAAUCAGUCUGCGUCAGGGCAACGACAGGGGAGAAAUGUUUGUUCCAUCUGUCUCGUCUCAAUUCAAUAUUACCCUGAAUCAAGGAACUUCAGAUAUGCACAUCCACAAUUCCCCAGAUCGGGCUAAGUACGUUAGUUUGCUCACGCUACCGACAAAAAAUCUUAAUCAAAUACAGCCGUUGGAUGCUGUUAUGAAGAAUAUUGAACAAAUGAAAAAUGAGCAUGUCGAUAUCAUGGUCGUUCUCAUGUCGAUGACUCCAAUGCGCCAGUUAACAACAAAAGAUGGAAGAGAUACAGUGUGUCGUGAUAUUGAUGUAAAUGAUGGUUCUAUCGAGGCUUCGGUGAACCUACGUAUUUGGGGAAUUGACUGGGUAGAGAGGGCAGAAUUCUGGCAAACCCGCCACACUGUCCUACUCCUAGCAGAUGUCCUCAUUACUUUCAACGCGUUCAAGAAAAAGAUGGCUUUAACAAUCGGAAGGAAAACUUUGAUUACGGAAAAUCCCAAUGUUCCUCAAGCUCAAAUCGUUAGGGCUGCGAUUCGACAUUUACCCGAACAACCUCUGAUAUCUGGAACUUCAGAAACUAACCCAAGCAGUGUCACAAAUUUGAUGACUGUGCGACAGAUUUGUGAGAAAGUGGAACACAACGAAUCCAAUGUUGAACAAGUACUGUUCACAGCUCUUAUUCAUGUAGUUAUUAACCAGAUGAAUUUUGAACAUAAAUCUGUUGUGUCGACAAAGUGUGCGCUAUGUAAGAAAUGGGUACAGCCUGAUAAGGAGUCUUGCUUGAAUCCCAAUUGUCCAUGCGGCAAUGGGACACGAACGCCUGAAAAUGUGUCCUAUUUCAACUUCAAGUUGAACGUAAGCGAUCAUACCGGACACCUCGUUGGUUGUAGAUUAAUUGGUGUUGCUGCUGAGGAUUUUCUCAAGUGCACUGUUCAAGAUUUCAAGGGAAUGUCUUUGAAAGAGCGGGACGAACUGAAGUGGCACUGUCUGCUGGAAAAGUGCAGCAUUGUACUGCAAGUUGUUGGCCCGACAGCUUCGUGGCCUUCACCUGUAUAUAAUGUCCUGUCAGUGAAACGGCUUGAAGAAAAUAUGCGACCUGGAGAAAAUGCAAGCACCAGUGGAUUAUAUUCUUAAAC